CAGGGCCAGGGGUCGCACGUGCGCCCGCCAAUCUGCCACACUCGCUCUGUCUUACACCGUGGCUCACGUCGGGGGUGAUUAGCGCACCUUUCCUCGGGUUGUACUACCUGGCCAACCCAGGUCAUGCCAGCUCCCCAGUGAUCAGUGGUUGGAAGAAGGGAUUGGGGCAUCGCGGCCCGGGCGGGGGUCCAGCCGCUGGAAGUGUUGUUGGUGUGUGUGUGUGUUGCUGUUCCUCCUCCUGCUACUUGCUGCUGUGUCACCUGUGCCAUGCUCAGGCCUGGCCUGGGCUGACACGCCGCGCUCACCCGUGCCGCCUGCCGGUGGUGGUGCUCACACUCACAUCCAGUGCUCAAAGCUUCCUCGAGUGAGUGGUGUUGUCCGUGCUCGCCCUUCUGCCGCGCCACAGAAGCAUGGAUGUCGACCUGUACUAGUGGUGGUGGUGGUGGCGGCUUGUGGGAGCGGGCGUGUAUAGGCGGUACUGGAUCCGCCCAUGUCCCUAACAGCUCAGGAGGUGGUGGAGCGCGCGGGCGUGGAGUUGUCCAAGUGUAUCACGGGUUUGGGGCUUCGCUCCCGCAGUAGGGAGAGGGAGGUGCGGGAGGCGCCCCCGGGACCUGGCGGCAGUAGUGGUGGCGGGGAGGGGGGCAGGAUGGGCUCGGUGAGGCGAGGCGGGGUCAUGGAGAAGGUGGCCAACGUCCUCUGUGGCAAUAGCGUCGCCUCCAGCGGACUCGUUAAUGGUAAGGGAAAGAUGGACAAGCCUGUUCCCCCAGAGAAGCCCAGUCGCUUCCUGCUGGGGAAAGUACGGAAUGGUGGGGUGCCCACGCCUCCUCCAGGUAGCUCCGGGACCCCAUUUAAUGGUCACCAGGGGUCACCGCGGCCGCUGAGAGCCUCCAGGUCACCGGCCCAUCUUUUAAGAGGUCACCGCUACCUCUCAUGGGACGAACUCAUCCGCGACGAAGCCUUCCUUGCUAGAUUUUUCAUGUACUUUUCGCCCAUCGAGAGGACUGUGCUGGCCCAGGUGUGUCUCAGAUGGCGCACAGUGCUUUACCAGCCGAAGUUCUGGCAUGGUGUCCGGCCUGUGCUCAACUGCCGUGAGAUGCGUCAUACCAACGUCGAGCUCACCACAGACAUGCGGCGCCGUUUCUACGUGUCGGUGCAGAAACGCGGCUUCGACUCCCUCGUACUUAUGUGUGCUAACGACGAGGAUUUGAUGGAUCUUGUGGCUAACUAUGCCGUCAACCACACGAAAGCCCUCCGUUCAGUAGCUCUCCGUUGCUCCAACAUCUCUGACAAAGGACUCGAGACGCUUCUGGACCACCUAAACGGCGUCUACCAACUAGAGCUGCAGGGAUGCAACGACGUGACGGAGGCGGGGCUGUGGGCCUGCCUGAACCCCCGCAUUGUGUCCUUAUCCGUCGCUGACUGCAUCAACGUGGCAGACGAGGCGGUAGGAGCCAUUGCUCAGCUUUUGCCUUCACUGUACGAACUCAAUCUCCAGGCCUACCACGUGACGGACGCAGCCCUAGCCUUCUUCAGCCCCCGUCAGACCUCCACGCUCUCCAUUCUGCGACUCCACUCAUGCUGGGAGCUUACCAACCAUGCCGUUAUCAAUAUAGGUCAGUAUGGCUCUUAUUUUCUCGUUUACUUUAUCGCUCUCAUCACCUUCGUAAUUGGCCGGCGGUCCUCGCUGACCCUUGUUCUCUAA